AUGUCCGAUAAACCGUCUACUGGCACCAAGGCCGAAAUGAGCUCCGGCUCAGGCACCAGCACGGGCCCUUCCACUGGCGCUGCUGCUUCGGAUACCCGCGACAAGCCAGUAGCCACCAAGCCGGCACAGACCUGCGAUUGCGGCCACACUGGUAGCUGCACUUGUACGCCGGGAGACUGUGCUUGUGAGAACUGCCCGAAGAGUGGACGGUUGUCUAAGUUAAGUCCGUUGUUGCGGCGUGGGUUUAGAUGA